ACUUUUAUCACGACUGUCUGUUAUGCUUUACGGCAGUGGCUAACACAUCCACAUGGUCGCUCGUGUUGUGAGUCUACUGGAGUUUUAAAACAGCUCGGAAUUGGUAUUUAACUUCAAGUGCAGUCCAAACACAUCAAAACAUGGGAAAGACUAAAAACAACAAGUUCAAACGGCCAUCGUUUUCUCCCGAUGGUCUUUCAGCUACUCCUGUUAAACAGACUGUUGAAGAAUCAGAAGAUGAAGACUCUCCGGCGGCGGAGCUGCUCGAGAAACUGCAGAGUCCCUCAGCUGAUGUGCGCGAGUACUCGUGUGCCAGUAUCUCUCGUGUUGUGCAGCAGACUCAGACGAUCCCAGGAUUCCUCCAAAGAGAUGCAGUCAGGAAAAUAGGACCUUUACUGCUGGACCGCAGCCUGGCGGUGAGAGAGACUGCUGCUGGAGCACUCAGGAAUCUUAGUGCCUGUGGAGGCCCUGAAGUGUGUGAGGACAUGGUGAGACAGGAUGUGCUGACGCCUCUGUCUGCUCUCCUGAGGGAGUGCUGUGCUGGUUUUGACGUGAGCUCCUCUUCUACUGUGAAAGGACAGAAACACACGGUGGAAGGUGUCGCCAAUGAGGCUGUGAACUUGCUUUGGAACCUCUGUGAGAGCAGCAGCACAGCUGUGUCAGUGUUUAACAAGACUGGACUUCUAGAUGUUCUUCUACACUGUCUGCAGAGACACUCUCAGAACAUGGAGCUGGCAAUAUCAGCAGCCCACUGCUUGCACACAGUAACAGAAGAGAACGCAGAGCUCAUGCGCAGUGUGAAUGCAGCGGUGUUUGGGGUCUUGGAAAACAUUCUGUUCUCCACACACACCAGUCUGGAAUACACUCUCCUGCGAACGCUGGCUGCAGGCUCUUUAUGGAAUCUGAAGAGCAGUCUGUCUUCAGCACAGCAGUCUCAGACGUUGACCGCGCUGGCCACCAAUCUCUCACACAGCCUCAGUCUGGACGCGGGAGAGCUCAUCCCAGAGCUGUGGCGUGCAGAGUCUGCCCGUCUGUCCAAAGAGACCACAUCUGCAGCAGACGAACGGCUCGCAGGUCCCGAGGCCGAAGAGAUGGAGGAGGACGUGAGAGAUGAGAAGAUGAAUGGAAGAAAGCCUAAUGGACUAAUAUCAAAAACAAGAAAUGACAUCUCAGAUCUGUUGCCUAGAGACAGACUGGAGUUGAGAGAGGCCAAAGCACUACUGUCAGCACAGCAGACAUCGCUGGAAAUCAUCGUCAACAUGUACUGUUCUGAUGAGCCCUCAGAUGAUGAGUGGGAGGAGAUGUCCAGCAGCGAUGAGAGCGAGAUGUGUGCUGAUGGGAUGUCAGACACUAAUUCCAGUUUGUUCUCUCCUCUCUGUCUGUCUGCUGAACUUCACACAAUCCUGCUCAACCACAACAUACCUCAACAGGUCUUGAAGAAGGCAGAGUUCCCCAGUGCUGCUGCCCUUGAGAUCUGUCGCAAGGACCUUACCUGGAAAUACCUCUUGAAAAAGAUGCAGCGGGUGCAGUGUCGGGCAUUGACGUGUCUCCAUAAUAUCCUUUCCUCUAUGGAUACAGAAUUUCUUGGUGGUGCUUCAGGGCUACAGGCAGUUGCUCAGCACCUCUCAUCAUUGGUCUUUAGUUCAGCAGAGGCAUUAAAGAAUGAGGAGUUCCUGGAGGCUGUGACCAGCGCUCUUCGUUCUUUACUACAGAUCAUGGCUAGCAAAAACAUCCCUCAGUGUAUGACUCCAUACCAGCUUAUGAGUUUUUGUGAGACUGCCUCCAGCUGUGAGCUGGUCAGCGUGAGAGUUAAUGCUCUGGCCAUUCUCGGUAUCACAGGAAGCUCUCUUGCCAAAGAGAAUAACACUACAGACUCUCUACAGUUAAUUGGAAAUGCAUUACUGAAUAUCGCAAUGAAGGACUCAAACCUGAUAGUGUGCGGGGAAGCGCUGGAUGCCCUCUUCGAUGUGUUUGCAGAUGGCGAUGAAGCAGAGAAAGCUGGAACAAAUAUUAACCUGCUUUCGUCUCUUAAAGCACUUCAGCCAGGGUUUAGGGCUAAGCUGCGAAAAGAAGGCAAAGGAAAAUACAGCCCUGAUCAGCUUUGUGUUCUGGACAACAUGAGGAUCAACCUAAAGAGAUUCAUCAGCUACUUGGAGAACCUGCAGAGAAAAUGAGAUUUCAGAGAUCAGUAGCACAUAUUCUCUGUAAACAUCUCCCCUUGUUUUAUUUAGCAUUUUCUGUCCAUACUCCUCUCUGGUUUUAUUUUGGUUUUAUUGUAAUGUGAGAGUGUUUAUGUGUGGAAAUUAAGAUUUAAAAAAAAAAGUUUGUUAAACCAAACAUUAUAUAAGUGCUUUAAUUAAAGCAUAAA